UGACAACAAAAUAAUCAUGGCGGACGACCAAUCUCAAGCUAAUCCUACUCCUGCUCCUGAUAAUGACCAGGUUCCAGCUGUGACCCCAGGCCUGGAAAAUCCACAUGUGGAGCAAGGUGUGACAGAAAAUAUACAGAAAAUAAUUGCAGCUGAGAAAGAUGCCCUUGGCCUCGAUUCCCAGGGUCGUCGGCCAAAAGUUGAUCUGCAGUCAUUGCCCACCAGGGCUUAUUUAGACCAAACAGUUGUGCCUGUCUUAUUGCAAGGCAUGUCGGUGCUGGCAAAGGAAAGACCCCCAAAUCCGAUUGAAUUUUUGGCAGCAUUUCUUCUCAAGAACAAGAAACAGUACGAUCAAUAACCAUUGGAAGAAACACAUCUGCAAGUCCUAAAACAAGAUGUUAAGAGACAAUUCUUUAUUUCAAUAGACUACUCUGUAACAAUGUGAGCUAUUAUUUCACUGAUCUCUUGGCACACACAGUCAAUGAAAGUCAUGGAAAUUUACUCUUUCAAAUUGGACUGAGAGUAUGUAUGACACAUUUUAAGAUGAAGUACAGCAAUUGAAAUGACCACUAUCAAUUUCAUGAAAUUGAAGUAAUGUGAAUUGAUGAAUUUUAAUUUAAAAUUAAUUUUGGUGAACACUUCUUGUGAGAGCCCAGCUUAGAUGAUGAGAGUGAGGACAUUCAAAGUAUUCAUUUUCUUUAGUACCAGUAAUAUACAUAACAGCAAAUAGUUUUUUCAGCAGGCUGGGCCUUUUUUGUUGCAUCAAUGUGACAUGAGAAGAGAAACUGAACACACUGGUCCUCUGUACACAAUGCGACCAACAGGAUAUUAGAAAUAGACUUGUCUAGGUAUAUGAGGUAAACAAACAAUGGCAGGUUUGACCAUAACACUCCUGCAAAUGGUCUUUGGGCUAUGUCUUGACAGUGUAUGUAGGACCAGUGUGCCAACUCAAAGCAUUCACUUUUCACUUUUCUCCACAUCAUUUUCUUCCAAAACCAAAUGUCUGUUCAGCUCCAGACAAGAUACUUAAAAAUGAAUUGUAAAAAUUGUAGACACCUUUUUUACCGCAAACAUACAACUAGUGCCUACAUUUAUUGUAUUUAUGUAUGAAUAAAAUAUUUCAAACUA